UGUCACGCCAACACCAAUAAAAAAUCAAACAAAUCAUAACAAGACUGAAAUGGUAUAGGUGUAUAUCCCCUAAUUAUCUUUUUAGGCUAAGAAUAAGAUCUAGCGUAUAGAUUAAUUAAUAAUUAACGAAGUAGAUUACGUGACUUACUUAUCCCCUCACGAGUCAAUGAAACCCCCAAAGAGACACAAAUUGGACGCGUAAACAACGCUUGUAAUUCAUGCCCAAGGACAUAAAGAGAAAGGGCUCUUCUUUUUUCACUGGACAAUUCUUUAUCUUCUUCUUUUAGCCUCACUCCCUUGUCUCUGUUACUUGCUCCUCAAGUUCUUCUCAAACUCCGUUUAAUACCAUCAUGAUUUCCCACCAAAAGUUCAAAGCUAUGCUUUCCAGAAAAUCAUUUUUUCUGAAACUCUAGCCUUAGUUUGCCCACUUCCUCAACUGGGAUUUUGUCUUCCAUCACCGCAAUGAUUGUUUACAUAUCAGUUUGGUUCAUUCUUCUUGCAGUAUUGCUUUUUCUUGCGUUCUUUUUCCUUCGGGUGAUUCUGUUCAAAACUGGAUUCAUCUAUACUCUGAAGAAAUUAUGGAGGACGGUUGAGGACUACUUUCAUGUUUACCAGUUCUUCAAAGUUCCAGAGCUCAACGAGAGCUUGAAGGAGAAUCAGCUUUACAAGAAGGUCUCUCUCUAUCUGCAUUCUCUGCCUUCCCUUGAAGACUCUGACUUCACCAACCUCGUCACUUCGUCAGGGAAGAAGCAGCAUGACAUCGUUCUCCGCCUCGACCAACAAACCAUCGGCGAUGAAUUUCUUGGAGCUAGAGUGUUCUGGUUCCACGAAGCAGAACAAACAUGUGAGUCGAAAAACAGAACGUUAGUACUGAAAAUCAGAAAAGCCGACAAGAGAAGAAUUCUCCGGCCUUAUCUCCAGCACAUCCACAGCGUUGCCGAUGAAAUAGAGCAACAAGGAAAACGUGAUUUGAAGCUGUACAUGAACGCUGGCACCCAAUCCAUAGGCGGCGACGGGAAUGUCCGGUGGAGAUCUGUUCCGUUCACGCAUCCAUCAACCAUGGAUACCAUCGCCAUGGAAACCGAUCUGAAGACCAAGAUAAAAUCCGACCUCGAAUCUUUCCUCAAAGCUAAACAGUACUAUCAACGAUUGGGUCGGGUAUGGAAACGGAGCUUCCUUUUGUACGGGCCAUCCGGUACCGGAAAAUCGAGCUUUGUCGCUGCCUUGGCCAAUUUCCUCAGUUAUGAUGUAUACGACAUCGACCUUUCCAACGUCCCUGGAGAUUCCGAUUUGAAGCUGCUGCUGCUGGAAGCGACGCCUAAAUCGAUCAUCGUCAUCGAAGACCUCGAUCGGUUCCUGAUGGAGAAGAAGUCGACGGGUGUGAGUUUGUCAGGAGUAUUGAACUUCAUGGACGGGAUUUUGAACUCGUGCUGCGCAGAGGAGAGAGUCAUGGUUUUCACGAUGACCAGUAAGGAUCAAAUCGACCCGAACCUACUUCGACCGAGUCGGGUUGACGUCCAUAUCCAUUUCCCGCUUUGUGAUUUUGCAUCAUUCAAGACGCUCGCGAAUAGCUAUCUCGGUGUGAAGGACCACAAGCUGUUCCCACAGGUUCAAGAGAUUUUUGAAAACGGUGCGAGUUUGAGCCCUGCCGAGAUAGGCGAGUUAAUGAUUGCGAAUCGGACCUCACCCAGUCGAGCUAUCAAGUCGGUGAUCACCGCGCUGCAAACGGACGGCGAUGGUAGGGGAAGCGGGAAAAUGGGGCGGCGGUCGGGGGAGAGCAACGCCGCCGAUGAAUUGGAAGAACGCGAUGCCCGGUCUCCGUGUAGCGAGGGUCUAUCUACAGUGAAGGAUUUACGGAAACUGUACGGUUUGUUCAGAGUGAAGAGCAACGCGAAAUCUCAGUCGUUCGAUGUUGGGGUGAGUCCCAGGUCAGAGCGAUGGUAGGGUGAGAAUCUUACACGUGUUAAGGAAGAAUUGUCCAUGUGGAUAGUGGAUGCAAAUUAAAAAGGCCGAAAAGGCGUUUUCUGUAACCCGGCACCAAGACUCGGCACGUU